AUGAAACACGUUCAAUUACCAACGUUAGAUUUAGUAUACUGUGGUCCAAGUUACACGAUGGCGCACCGCACCGUGCACCGCUUGGCCUGCCUCGUGACACUCCUCGCCGCGGCGACUGCAACAAAAAAAGAACAGACGAGAUGGUCCCGUCAGAUCAGCACAUACACCUCAGACAUCAGCGACUGGGUGCCUCUGUCCGGCCCCGUCGAGAGAGGAGAACCAGCACCACCGCCUCAAAUCAAAAGACAAGCUGUCGCAGAACCGAGGAUAUUAACUGAACCAUUCCCAGGCCUUGUGAGACCCACCGGCUUUAGCCAAGACACCUUCCCAGCAAGAAAUUAUUACAAUGCCGGUGCCAACAGACAGCUCUACUUACAGUCAGUGCCGUCUGCUCCACAGAAUUAUCUAACGGACCAAGGUUUUGGUCAAGGCAUUCGGUUUGGCUUGUCUCAGCCUAAUUUCCCACUGAGCCAAGGAUUUGUAGCUCCUCCAUUUGGUUUCGAUUCUGUUCAGCAACAGAAAGCUAGACCACAACCCAUACUUAACCCGGUCAGUUUCAACCAAGCGUUGCCCGCUUCUGUUCAAACAAAACCUUUUCUAAAUCAAGGCCAGAAAACAAAACAGGAAUUACCGAGACUGGUUGAUGGAUACCGAGCAGAAAAUGCUAGCAGCGCUUUUAAUGUAAUGAAGAAACCACAGUCACUACAGAAAAUCAAGUUUGAUACAAUUGAUAAACCAUUAAAACCAGAAUCACUGUCGCAGCAUUCGAAGAACGAGAGAGAAGAAGUUCAGCUGUUAUACGUUCCAUUAGAGUCGCUGAACAGAGGACAGUUUAACUUCCGCAGUCCUUUGACAACUUCGCAGCUAGUUAACACGGAGCUUUAUUCUGGAGCCGGCUCCCGUCCUAACGCACUCAAACAAACGUUCAUAAAUGACUACCAGAGACCAGUUGCCAAACCGCUAGACCCCUUGUCCGGUCAAAAUUACUUUUCGGAGUUCAACUCUCAAUUUAAAGACGAUCAAGUUCCAAAGUUCUCGACCAUCACUACUCCUUUCCCGACGCAACCCCCUACGACUCCAAAGCCGAAGAAGCUGAAACCCCACCAACCACCACUGGCUAUAUUCAUGAUAAAAGAUGUUAGCAAGAACAGUCAAGUUAAAGUUGGAGAUGUUCUAUCUUCUUUGAAGAAUGCAGACACUAUCGCCGUGUUGGAUUCAGUUAACCCACUGAAUGCACCCAAAGUGUUCAUCGGGCCAUCUACUUUACCACCACCAGAUAAUUUUGUCAAAUUCGAGUUGCCCUAUUUGUCAAACAUCGAAAACAGCGAUAAGAAACUGAAACAAUUGCCAUUCUUUGUUGCACCCUUGAGCUACAACACGCCAAACGGAUUCGCUAAAAUUCCAUUCCCAUCUCCACACGUGGGUUCAGUCGUUAUAAAUUCUCAAAUACGAGAAUCGCCACAAACACUGGCGCCAUCGCAGCCUUUACAUAAUCAAAACUUUUAUGCAGUAACUCAGCCCACCUAUAAACCAGAGAAACCUGUUACACAAAAACCAACGUUUAGCUAUUACAGUACAGCUGCACCUAAGGCUAAACCGGUACCUAAUUACCAAUCUAACUACUACUCGUUUGAGCCGCAAACGGUUUCAACCAUUCGACCACCUAAACAACAAGAGACUGUGACAUCUCCACCAAAAACUGGAUCAUACUUUAUUAGUAACACAGCUCCUCAAUACAACUCACAAGAGUUUGCAAACUUCUCACCCCAGAACAAUUUCAAAUCUUCGGAAAUUGUUGAUCAGUACCACUUCCAGAGAAAACCAACCACUACGACGACACUUAGAACGACCACAACAACUACAACCACAACAAAGCCUCCUUCGACCUACCCGAGUCAACUACUUGAAACUCACAACCCUUACUCAAUCAACCAAGCGUUCCACUUCAGUACUCCGUUGGACUACCACAACUACUUUGACGACGUGAAACAACCUUACCCUACUCCUGGUGCUAUCGGAAUUUCGUCACCGUCACCAUCGCCUUCCCCGACACCGGUACCAUCACAAACACCAACUCCAGGAACAACUCCGAGUACAGUACCACAACCAGAACAAGUAAUUACCCAAAAACCAAAAUAUAAUCAGCAAUCAUCUCCAAACUACUUACAGAACUACACUCCAGAAAUACAUUACGAUUCUGAUCCGAGCCUGAAAUACCCUGUCUUCAAUCCGACUGACUAUAUUGCUAAAUCUGAGCUAAAUGCUCAACAAACACAACCCAAUAAUCCUGUUAACACCGAUAAUAAUAACCCAGUCAAUAACUACAACCAAGAUGUUUCGACGCCAGUUAGAAACAAUUAUAAUACAGAAGAUCGUGUGCCAGACAGAAACAAUUAUAAUACAGAAGAUCGUGUGCCAGACAGAAACAAUUACAAUACCCCAGAGGCAAAUCAAUAUGAUGUGCAAACAAAUAAUUACAACACUGAUAGUAAUAGGGACAAUUACAAUACACCAGCUAACAACAACAAUUAUAAUACAGAUGUCAAUACUCAAGUCAAUACAUACAAAACCGAGUAUAAUCAAAAUAUUGAACAUCAGCACUCUGCUGAACAAAACACUCCAGCAGAACAGACAUCGGAUGUCAACAAUCUUCCAACCAUUUCUGAUAUCAAUACUCCUCCUAAGUACAGCAGUGACGAGUACAAUGUGUAUCAUACAGAAUACGAGGCCACAGAAGGUAAUCCCACGUCUUCAUCAACAACAACAAGCACUACUACGCGCAGAACUCCACAGAGAAACAGAGGUCGCCCACGAUACACCACUACUCCUCGAAGUGAAUCAUAUGAGUCUACCACUAGGGUAGUUGUAACGAGACGACCUUUGAGAGAAAGAAGGCCUCUACCUACUAGACCUCGAUACGAACCUAACAAAAUCACUACUGAGAAGCCAAACAAAAAGCCUCUAGACUCAAAUGAAAGUACAACCAAAUCUUCCAGAACAAGAACUAGAGGGCGUAUUCAUUACAAACCUUCAGAGAAUUUAGAAGAUAUUUACGAUAGAAGAGUAAAAACUCACAACAGCAAGGAAGAAGAUCUAGCCUACCAAAGAGACGUCCUACACCAGAAUUAUCCAGUAACACUAAUGGAGCGUAUGAGUACUGUAGAUAUUGAAGCAAUCACUGAACCUACGCCUAAGCACACAUCUGAAAAAAAUGAGGAACCAAUUACAGAAAAUGACACGGAAAAUGCUUACACAAACGAAAAAGUGUCUAUAACUCAACACUUCUCAAACAGUGAAUCGAACGAAGAGCCUGUUUUACCAACAUUUACUGCAAGAAGUACUUUGCAGACAGAAACUUCUUAUGUGCCGAAUUUGCCAUCGACCCGCCAAGAAUACUAUUAUCAGUCUAGAAGCAGCAGUGCUCCAGUAGAGUCAUCUGCCUUUGACGAAACGAGUCCAGAAAAAGAAGAAGAUAUCUAUGUCAUGCAAACAACCCCUGUAUCGAAAGAAGAAUACGCCGAAAUUAGUUCUUACGCAACCGAAGCUCCAAACAUUCCUGUUACAGAACAGAGCAUAAGUUAUUCAGUUGGUAAUGAAUUCUCUACAAAUAACCAAGAAGAAACUACUGCUGCUCCUGAAACUGAAGACAUCAAAGUAGACACGCAAGACCACCAGGAGAGCGAAGAUGAAGAGAAUAUCGUGCAAACUACACCAUCAUAUAACCGAGUGCGUGUACGUCCCGGAGUCAUCAGACAAUACCAUCAAGCGUCAACUGAGUCAUCGAGAAAUAAGGAACGUAGGAGACCUGCUCAGCCAGUUACUUACAGACCAGCCUUUAACGGCAGACGUACAACUAUGAGAAUCGAUGAAAUCGAGGCUGACCUAAAAACAAAGCAAGUACACACUAGGCAAGAUGCGCAAGAUGUAAGACAUCCUGUCUACAGGCCCGAACCUUCAACAGAACCUGCAGAAACUUCACCAUCAACAACCGAAAGUACCACAAAACGUGGUCACUUCCGUCGAAGAAGGCCAACUUACUCUUACACAACUACAUCGACCGAAGCGCCCAGCACGAAACGUAUUUAUGAAGUUAAGAACAGAUUCAGGGGACGAAGACCUACUGAAAAACCCACAGACAAACCUGAUGUACAAACAGAAGCACCCACCUCUACCACUAGACCCCAGCUUCACGCCAGAUACAAUCACAGACCUAGACUAUCGGAAAGAUACAACAAAAAACCUGAAAGCGAAGAAAUAGAAGAUCAAGAUUCUAACUACUCUAUCAACAGACCGAAGUAUGCGGAACCUGAAACAGAUCAAUGGUCACCGAAAAUUUCAAGCGAUUCCUUCAAACCAUACAACCCGAACGAUAUCGUGGAUGAACAAAAAGUAGCAACUACCGAACGGCGAUCCGACAAGGAAAGUGAAAUGGAUAUCAUUACAGCCAGGAAUGAAUUUGAAGACAUUUUACUUACUGUAACUCCCGCUAGUAACAACAGGGUUAAUAAGAAAAUUCCUGAGAUACCUCCAACCUUAGAAGCAUUGGUAGAACAAAGUAAAGUAACAAAGAGCGAUUCCACAGACACAAUGUCUACUUUUGAAAGUAUGUUAGAAGAAGUAAUGAAGAGUUUAGAAGAGCAAGACAAAGAUGAAUACAACUCGAAUGUGAUGAAACACAAAGGCGGUGAAAUUGGUGAAAUUCCGCCGGAGAGAAUUAUAUCUUCAGGAGACACCUACGCACAGAAGUCGACUGUGGCAAUACAAGAAACCACGACUGAUCAAACUACGGCUGAGGAAUCAUCUCUUAUUGCUGAGGAUGACAGUGAACGCAAGAACCGACGCCGUGGAUUCUGGAAGAAAGUCAAAGUGCGUCCUGCGACAACCGAAUCUAUUGAGUUUGCUGAAUCGCAGUACUAUAGCCACACCGUCAACCGCCUUGGAGAACCAGUGAAGAUUUCGAAAAACUUUCAUGAGAAAGUAGAAAAGGUUGAAAAGCCCAAAGUUACUACUUAUAAACCAAGUUAUGAUUUCAUUAAGGAUCUUUUCUCCAGUGACGAUGAAGCAACAAAUAUUGAUGUUUUACCUACAAUAGACAUACCUAAACUUACAAACAAAUCUCAAGAAAAUGAAGAAACCCUUAUUACAGAAGAAAGUAAGCAGACAACAGUUUACCUAGAAAAGGAAACGCAAACUGAAUCAGCUAUUAGUCCAGGAGACUUAGAUUUAGGAACAGGCUCACCUGACCCGACAAUUGACGAUCUUUAUUUAACUACUCCAGCCGAGCCGACUACCACAAGCAAACCAAUUACAGUUAAUAGACAUGACGCUGGAUUUAGUUUCAUGGAUUAUUUGUUUGGAACAACUGCCGAGGAUAGCAAUAAACAAAUCGAUGGUGAGGAGACUGUAAAAACAAUUGAAAGUGAAAUACAAACCGAAGCUCCUAAACUUAAAAUUGUUACAACAGAAAGUUCAUUCAUACCCGAAGAAAUGACUGCAGCUUCAUUGAGUGAUGAAAACACUGAGGCUGUUACAGCUUUCCCCGAAAUCAAAAAGUUAAAUAGCACAGGAGAUAGCCAGACAGAAAGUACCGGUGACGUCACUGAAAUAUCAGUAGUCAAGGUAGAAAGUUCGUCUGUCUCCUCGUUUAUGAAUCCGGCCAAUGUAGUAAGCACUUCUAUGUCCACAGAAGUGUCACAUGAAACAGAAAUAUGCUUUAGAGGAAAAUGCAUCAAAACUAGCAAAGACAUUCUAUAAGUUUCAAGUGAUCUGUAAACAUGGUGCUAAAGACUUGUGUUCAAAGUAGUGAAUUUGUGAAAGAACAUUGACUUGAGAAAGUUCUCUCGAGUAGUCGGAUCAACAGAAAAUUGUUUUCUUCUUUGAGAUAUUUAUUAGUAUUUUUGUGUGGAUUAGGUAUUCGGUGCGGUGAAAUCUUGUAAAUAGUAUUUUGAGAGGCUCUUUACUUGGUUCCACCUGAGUAAUUAUUUCUAUUGACAGAAACGUAGGCUUAGCUUCUUUUUACUUUUAAGGUCUGUGGCCACAUGCUUUAAGAGUAACUAUGUAAUAUAAUGUUUUUACGUAGUUUAUAUUUGUAAUUGUUAAGUACUCUAACUAAUUUUGUCUACCUGCUAACUCUAUCUUAAUGUAAAUAUGACUGAAGUUUUGUAACCAUAUUUUUAAGAUUUCAAUGUUACUUAAUUACUAUUUAUUUUCUUAGUAUAACUUAAGUUCUUACUUUUAAGUUUCCUCACACUGUAAUAAAAUGCCGU